AUGUACAUGCGGUGGUAUAGGAGACCAUCAGAAACUAGAUCGUCAUUUCGUCAGCCAGUGGACGCGCGAUCCUUGUUCGGUGAGAAGCUUGUGCUCGAGCAUCCCCUCCCCUCCCCUCCCCUCCCCUCCCUCCCACCACCGACCACCCACCACCCACCACCCAUCACUGUUCCGGCGGCGAUUGGCCCACCCACGUCCGAUGCCAAUGCCGCCGCCGCCGCCGCCGCCGCCGCUACCCGAGCUGUGCGCCGUGUCUGUCUGAGAGGCGUCACAUCUCAUCUCCGAGUCAUGCAAAAAGGCUGUGACACGCGCUGGCACGGUGUAGCAAGGCUAGAAUCUCCUCCAUCGGUUCGUCCGUGCUCUGCGCGCAAGGGCCUGCCAAUCGGGGGCUGUUAUUUGUCACAAAACCAUAUCAAAAACGCCGAGACGGCUCCAUCUGUUCUCACCUUCCAGCGCCACGACAUGCUUCUGCCUUGCCUCAAUUUCCACAUAUAUAAGACUGCGGCUUCCACGAGAAGCACAUCAACAUGGCUGCCAUUGACACCCGAGACCUUCCGUCCGAAUGGCUCAACAGGAUCUGGUACUCGAUUCGGGGAGCGUCUGAUCUGCUGUCGAGUCCUUUGGGAUGGCAUCACCAAGGUCAUCGACUGGGCACAGGACAAGCAAGCGAGGAUGACUCCCUGGGGUGUGCAAUACCUCAGUCCAGAGCGUGGUGAAUGGGUGCCGUAUCUAUCCGGAAUCCUCAAUGCAACCAUAUGCGGCCGAUGGAUUAGAGAGCAGCCUCAUCAAUGCAUCAACUGCGGAGGAUCAGCAAGUUGCCCGGGUUCAGCGCCCAGAGUUGGAAUACCAUCUUGCCUGGGCGAUCUAAUGUACGCAGUGCAGAACUCCCAUCUGGCGGAUCCCUCGCUUGACAUUAUGAAAGAUGAAAAACUUGCGACAACCCCACCUCAAAACGACAGCUGCCGGAUUACAGAACUCCCCACAGAACUUCUUCAACAUAUUAUUAAUUAUUUGCUGCCAUGCAAUACGACCUACCACUUCUUUCCAGCCCGCCUUGACACAACUCGAAGUGUCCCCAUCGUCCAGAAGUUUACAUCGCAACCAGCAGUGAUGGAGAAUGCGCCUCCUCCAGACGGCGUCAUGAAGAGAUACCAGCCUGUACGAUACAACACGACCGAUCGUCCGCCGGCGACAGCGAGCGCACACUUGGCAUUAGCUGCGACUUGUAAACGCCUCCAGGAAGAAGUCUAUUCAUUCUUCUUCGCCGAAAACAGCUUCAUUCUCCACAUCACAGCAGGUACAAUUGAGAAUGCUGUGCGAUCGACAGAUUUCAGGCAAUUUCAAACCUGGACAAGAAUACUGCCAAAUCCAGCAAAGCAUAAAGAUUCACUUCCAUGGCCCAUGACAGCACGAGCUGCAUCAUACAUGCGCAACGUCACCUUAAUCAUCUCCCUGCCGCCAGCGCCCAUCUCGAAAGACAUCGACAUUCUCGAGGCCAAGGUAUCCGAAGCAAUGGCCACCCUCUCCGCUGCCAAGCAUCUCGACAAUAUGACCAUCGACUUCCAGCAAUCCAUCCAGAAGCGCGACAAGCGUUACACAGCACAAAUCCUCAACAUAGAUUCUCUGGAAGCUGAUGUUGAUGGCAACGGCAAGCUCUCCAUCACUGUACACGACCCCAACAUCCAGUCCGUUCGAACCUGGAAUAAAGCGCAAAGAGCGUUGAGGCCAUUAUUGCGAGGCCCGAGAGGUGUGAAGAAGGUGGUGUUGAGAACUUCGAAAUUCUCUCCUACAGACUGCCAAGAGAGCGGCAGAGUCAGAGGAGGAAAGCAGAGCUGCCAAGAAGAAGAAAAUGAUCUGAUCUUGGUUUAUUCUACAGUACCCGAAGCAUACCCAAACUGCAACCCACCUCGUUCCUUCCUGUCACCACUUUUCCCACGAUGGGCUUUUGUCUAUAAACGAACGCUUGACGUCUUGCUCACUCGCUCGUACAUUCAACGAAUCGAUUUCUGGGCCAACCACUUCCUUGCACAAAUUUUGGAAACAGCACGAUAUAUAUAUGUAGACCUUCUCUUUUCUUUUAUCAGACUCAAUUGUAAAAAGAAAAAAAGCUCAAAGCAUGAACUGCUCCUACCUUCCAUCUACAAUAAGACCUCAUCCAUGAUCGAAGGAUGCAAAAAAUCCCAUCUAUCUGAGACCUCGCCGCCAUGA